AUGCCUCCUCGAAGGCUUUCAUAUAGCAUUCCAUCACAGGAUUUACAAAAGGCAAAAGAUGCUAGUAUCGCAGACCUUAAAAUGGUCCAAAGUGAAAUCACGUAUGAUUGGCCACUUAUUUUGCAAGAUAAUGCUAACCCCAUAGAAAUGGCAAUUGCAUUAUUGGAUGAUACAUCCGUGGGCUUGGCUCAUAGGCUACAGGAGUUUUUGGCUAUAAAGAAUCGAACAGAAGGUGCCUUGCGCAACGUUGUCGAUGAACACUAUGAGUUGUUCAGUAAUAGUAUCGGCUCCUACAACAUGUUACUUUCAGCUCUUCAUCAAUCGGAGCAGGACUCAACAGCAAUAAGAAACUUUUUGGAGUCGUCUAAAAGGGAGGUGCAAGAUCGUACUACUAUUUUGCGAGAAUUAUCGCAAUCCUCAGCAAAAUAUGACGAAAUAAUUGUCCUAUUGGAUGCAAUCAAAGAAUUGAACAAAAUCCCCGACGAAAUAGAACACUUGAUUGCCGAUAAGAAAAUACACGAAGUGUAUGAUGUUAUAGCGAAUGGAUACAAAACAGCAGAGAAAUACGGUUUGUGGUCCUUGCCAGCUAUGAAUACUUUAAAAACAUAUCUUGAACAACAAUCAAACAAAUUACAUGACAUGAUAAUAGACGAGUUGCAAAACGAAAUCUACCUGAAAAAUGAUAGAUCAAUAAAUGCAAGUGGGGUCUCGGCAUGGCAGGUACUCAUAACUUCGAAAAGUCCGCAAAUGGCAUCCUUCAUAGCAUUACUAAAUCUGGAAAAUUUGGAACAAUACGUUUAUAACUCGGCAAACUUUGACAUAUCGGAAGUGGUAAACUAUUUGACGCAACCGGUAAACCAUUUUUUAUCUGUGCAACUACCAGAAUUACAUAGACAUAGCACAAGGAGUGAAGGGGGAGCCUUUGAUUAUAAGGUGCUAUUGGAAAGCACUCUGAGUUCCAGCAGCGAGUCAUAUUACUACAUUUAUAAACUUUUAUUAACAGCAUCAAAAUUGGGAAGAUUGGACCAGGUAAUUGGUGCUUUGAUUAGUAGCAAUCAACUGGAGUUGCACGGACUAAUUAUAAGAACUACCGAGGAGGUGAAAUCUAGAAAUGGUUACGCACUCUCGAAAUUAACAAAACUUCUGCAUUUGGAAAAAGACGCUUUGUUUGAUGUUUUAGCAGGCAACGCAUUUAGCGAUUCAGCUGUUGUUAUAUUGCAGGAAUUUUUCAGCUCCAUAAUUGUAAAAAUGUUGGCUACGUUUCAAAAACAUAAGGUUUUAAACGAAGUGGCAUUGCUUUUAUCGGGACGUAAACUGGAGUCUACUAGAGCUUCCGCUUCCGCUUCCGCUCCUGCUUCUGCUUCUGCUUCUGCUCCUGCUUCUGCUGCAUCCUCAAAUUCUGUGUCAAGAGAACUAAUGCAUAUAUGGAAUACAACAAAAAUUGAAUUACAAAAAUUGAUUCAGAGCUAUAUUCACAAUGAGGAAGCGUACACUUUAGGUAAUCAAAACAAUACCAGCUUGAUAUCUACAAAACAAAAAAACUUGUUCAAGUUUGAGAAUGUUGAUUGGAGCUCCACCAAAUCUGCACAGGAACUUGCUGUAUCGUUGAGUGACAUUUUUCCUGGAUUUCAUAUUGACGCUGAGGAGAAGGAGUCAAGGAAGGAGGAGGAACAAACAGAGACGAAGGAUGCAUUGGCCAUGAAGACUCCUUAUUUUGAAGAUGAAACGUUUGCUGAUCUACUUGAAAUUCUUGUGCCCAAAAACCUAUUCAACAUGAGGAUUAUUUUAGAACCGUUUCUAAUAUUUGUUGAAGGAGCCAAUAGACUUUUCACCAAUUUUGCUACGGACAAAAAGCAGUAUAACAAUAAUAAUAAUAAUAAUAGAACUGCUUUUGAGUUUUUCGACAAGUUUAUGAAGACCUAUUUUUUGACAUACUUUGAAAAUGCGAUUGAGUUUGUUUUUGAGAAGCAAAUAGGAGGUUACUUUGGUAAAGCAGAAGUUAUUGCUUCAGAACCUUCCGGGUUGAAAAUGGAUUUGGUUUCAUUAAGCCCCGAUUCUCACUUGAGAAUUCUUGGUGGGGAAAUUAUGCUGAAUAAUUUUGAGUCAAAACUCAUUAUUUAUGAGAAUGCUUAUAACUUUAAGGUAUUGUUCCUUGGCCUUUGUGUGAUCCUCAAUACUUCAUUGACUUAUAGAGAAGAAAUAUCAAAUAUGGCACUACGUACGUUGCAAUGCUUUGCUACCGAAUACAGCAAAUUGUUCCAAGAGAUAUUAGCGUCGAGUGAAGGGCAAUUGAAUAGAAGACCUGUUCUGCAGGUGAGCAAAUGGAUGAAAUUACAUGUACUUACCGAAAUAAGUGGUGACAUCUUGAUAUCGAAUAGUGAAAACAAUAAAGAAAACAUACCACAACUUGUAGAAGCCGAAAACAAUAUGAUGUUGUUUGAGAUCAAAAACUUGGUCAUCAACAAGGAUGACCUUCUUGACAGUGAGGCACUUUCUCAAGUUGUUCAUCUCUUGUUAACAGCAACAUGGUUGAUAUCGUGGUUGACUUUAGUGAAGAAGGAGUCAAACUAUAGCAUAUAUGACGAUGAACAUAAUGAGUCGGUAGAGAUUCCAACUGUAGAAAGAAUGAGGUACAACUGGUCGUUUUUAGAUAAUGGGCGGCCCUCGAUUACAUUCACGGCCAGUCCAAAUGAUAUUACUCAACAUGGUAUAUUUUUGGCCUUGAAUCAGGAGAAAAGUAUUGAGUUUGAAAGAAUUGUGAAUACGUUUGAGGCAAUAAGGGAUCAAACUGUUUUAGCUUUGAGAUAUGAGUUACGAAGCAAAGCCAUCCAUUAUAUUAGUUUGUCAUUCCAUGCGAUGGAAUGGGUACCGUCUACCGAACCCGGGGAUGCGGAUCCCUAUGUCGUUGCUUUAAACCAAGAAGUAUUUGCAAUCGACAAUAAGUUGACGAAAGUUUUGAGUGAAGAUGAAAAAGAAGGUAUAUUUGUUGGUUUUAGUCAAUUUCUUAAUGAACUAAUUAUCCUCAAAUCUUCACAAGUGCAAAAGAUUAAUAAUAAUGGAAUAAAGAGGAUAUUAUUGAACAUUUCAACGAUACAGCAAAUGUUGAGAAGUCUUUCACCAAAUCCAGGGCUUAUUGAUUUCAACAAAUCGUCGAUAUACUUUGAAAUGUUCACUCUCAAUGAAUUCAACUUGUUAAAUCGAAUUAAAACCAACUCGCAAAAUUUCACAAAGGAUCAAUACUACAAUCUUGCAAGGUUAAUCUAUAGUGAGAAGUUAGCCGACGGUAAUGGUUCUCAAUUCAACAAGGGCAAAUAUAGCGAGUUGGUGAGGAAAAUAGAUGAGCUGAUAGAAUAG